UGCUGGAAGGCUGAUCAGAUGGCCCCACUUGUGACGGCUUCUCCUGCUGUGUCCGGGGGCCUCGUCCCUGUCCUGGGAGGGGUGUGUCGGAGCCUCCAGAGCCCAUACCCUCUUCUCUCCCCAGAGAUCCAGAUGCGAGCCCCGCUGGCCCUCCAGGACAGGGAUGGAGACCUCAGCGUGGACGUGACAGUCCUAGUGGCCCAGCAGCUGAACAGCACGGGGGAGCUGGUGGUGACACCAGCCACACAGGUGCCGGCUCUCCAGGGGCGGGGCCUGUCCUCCCUCAGCCAGCAAAGAGCUGCAGGUCUGAGGGUAGCAACACCUCCCCUCCCUCCUGGGCCGCUGGCCCAGCACAGGGUCUGCUACAGCCAAGGUAACUGUGCCCUGACCAUGCUGGACGAAACGGGCACCCACUGCUCACCCCUGCACGUGUCCUGGGGGCCCGGGGUGGACGAGAGGGUCCGCCCGACUCCCCCCGGCUUCCCCCUGCCUCUGUGUUGUCACCGUGUCACCUCUUCUGCCUUGCUUCUUGGUGGGCACACCACAUCCGGCCCAGGGCCUGGCACAUACAAGCUGCUCAGUGGGGGAGAGAGCGAGCACACAGGCCGCCUGGCUCCUGGCAGGCCCUGCUGUGUGUGCGCUUCCCAGUCUCCCCAGCACUGCACGCUCACGCGGGGAACGUCUCUGCUUCUCUUUGGAUAACUUCAACCCAUAUUUCAGCAGUUACCAGAGGAUGGCAAAUACGCAGAGCCCCGUCAUAAAAGUCUGUACCAGUGUUCGUGUGCGUUUUUCUGCAUUGUUGAGUUUCGUGGAGUCACUGGAGCUGCCGAACCUCUUUCUUUAGUAGUAAAUGCUGCGGCGAGGGUCUUAAACACUGUAGCAAGGGUUCUUUAACAGAACAUGGUGCUGCUACAAAAUUCGGCGCGUUUAAUAUUGAAAUAGCAGUUACCUAAAUAUAGCUCAUAAUAACAUUUCCCAGGGUCCCAGUAAUGGUCUUUCAAACAUUCAACUCAGGAUUUAAAUGCAGGAUGCAAGCCAGGGUCACACAGCACACUUAGUUGCCCUGUGUCUAAUUUCCUUAAUCCAGAGCAGAAGCCUGCAAACUUUCACUAGCAAGGGCCAGGCAGUGAUUUAUUUUUGGCUUUACCGCUCAUCCCAUCUUUCUUGCAGACUUUGCCCCGUCACUGUGGACAAAAGCUGCUACAGACAACGUGUCAGGGACCGGACGUGACUGUGUGACAAGAAAACUUUACAGGAUCCAGCUGUAGACCAAAUUGACCUGGGGGGCGACUCCUGGUCCAGAACUUUCUGGCUCAACCUCACCUUCCCUACCAGUGUUUUAUAAUGAAACUUUCUGGCAGCAAAAAACUGAGAUGCUUUUACGGUGAACUCUUACCCACAUCGUACUUUUUCACGCUGCUCUUUGCCCAUCGUAUAUUUGUAUGUUUCAAGCAUUAUCCUUAACCACCUUCAACAGUUCUGCGCUGACAGUUUGAACACAUCUGGGCAGCUCGUUUACAAAAAUCUAUAUUUGACCGAUAGCUUGCUCAAGAUGCCAUGUUGAACGGUUUUACACGGUAACCAUCUGUGCAUCUGGCCAGCCCCGUGUAAAUACCAACUCCUGAUGCUCUUCCCAGAGAUUCUGUUUCUAUGGGUCUCAAGCAGGAGCCCAGGAUCGAUAUUUUAGUUCUUGCCUAAGUGAGUCUGCUAUUCAGCCAGCCCGAACUUGGCGCAUUCUUUCAUGUGAUUUUCACAAUGAUCCAUUAGUAAAGUAGGUAUCAUUAUCCUCAUUUUUCAGAUUAGAAGGCUAAGGCUGAGUGGCUUAGGAGGCAGCUCUCGAUCACUCCCACAUAGGACAGACCCAGGUCUCUCUGAAGCCGAGCCCUGCGCAUUAUCCUCUGCUACACUGCCCCCUGCUGC